AUGGUAUACCUUGGACGCGAAGCAACACCCGUUCUUGAUAAUGGAGAUUCCAUUCAGGUUGGAUUAUGGGGCUGGUGUGCAAGUUCUCAAGGGACUGUGAGCUGCUCGCAGCCUAAACCCGGAUUUAAAAUAGAUUCUGGCGAUUUGCCUUUCAAUGACGUUGAUGUGGGUAUACUUGGUCAAGGUAUAGGGUCCGCAUUAGGAUAUUUGGCUCUGACUAAUGCUAUUGCCGGUGUCUUUGCAUUGUGUAUGACAAUCAUGGGCUGUAUAGGACAUUUUCAUUCACAAAGAAACGGAAGAAUCCUAAUAAAAACGGCAAAAUUCGCGAUAAUUGUCAUAAUAAUGACAGUACUAGCGUUCGUAUUUGACGUCAUACUAUUUGAAAUCGGGAGACAAGCCAUUAACAAAACCCGGGGCAUUCACGCGUCAUUGUCGAACGCGUUCUGGAUGAUGGUCGCCGCGCUGUCUUUUGAGGCUGCUUCAAUGCUGACUUUCUUUGUGGGACAUCGAUUCAUUGUCGUCCGAAUGAAAAAAGCGGAAGAGAUUAAACAGAACCCGGAAAUGAGUGGAGAAGCAUAUUUGGAACAGAAACAACUAGAAGACGAUGGUGCAUCUACCACGAUACCUUCAAAACGAUACAAUAACAAUCAAUCACAAACUCAUCAAUAUAUUCCACCACCACAACAAUUAGAAACUCAACCAUUACUACGACAUGAUACAACUGCCGGUAGACCUUUACCAAUUCCACCAACAUCAAAUCCACCUUUAUCGGCUGGAUCUCUCUCAUUAACACAAAAUGAAAAACAUAGCACCGCGUUUCCUCCGCAUCCUCCCGUUCCUCCUAUUCCCCCUCAAUAUUAUCCAACUUCAGGAUCUACAUCCCCUUAUACAUCUCCUUACACAUCCCCUCCUUUUGGUCCUACACAAGCUCAUCAUUAUCCAAUGCCAAUGCCCAUGCCCAUAAAUUCCACCACUCAACUAAUACAAAAUUAUCCAACACAACAAGAACAUUCAUAUUAUAAUAGUAAUAUUUAUACAGGACCCCAACCAUCACAGCCACAAGCACAACCACCCUAUUAUCAAUCGCAGCAAGGACAGAGAUUUGAUUCUCACUCGAGAGCAAUGAGCGAAAUGACCCCGCAACGACAACAAUCUAGUGAUCAUGAGAAGGGUCACACAACUGGAUGUCUUCCUCUAGAAGAAGCUCUCACAACCGUGCCUCCUAAACCAACGCCACCAGUACAACAGACACCAUGGUAUGCUCGUAAUUUUUUCGGUAAACGUAAAACUGCCACCGCUGAUGCUAGACACGCUGAUGAUAUUGUAUCGCCUAAUGCUUCCGUACCCUCUGAUGCUCUCGGAAUUCAUGAGGAUCCUGAAACAAAACGAAAUAAUUCAUUACCAUUUGAUGAUUCUUUGAUAGUGUUUGUUUUGGGUGGUCCUGGAUCGGGAAAAGGCACUCAGUGUGAGCAACUUGAGCAGAUGUAUGGUCUAGUUCAUAUUUCAACCGGUGAUUUGUUACGGCAAGAAGUAGCAAACAACACAGAAAUUGGUCAAGAGAUAAAAAAUGCUAUGGAGGAAGGAAAAAUGGUUUCCAAUGAUGUAACAACAAAACUAUUAUUACAAGCAAUGAAAGCUGCGAGUCAAGAUGCCACUGGAUUUCUAAUUGACGGUUUCCCAAGAACAAUGGAUCAAGCUAUAGAAUUCGAAAAUAAUAUUGGUAGUUGCACAUUUGUGUUGUAUUAUGAGUGUCCCACACAAGUUCUCAUAAAUCGUCUAGUUAAGCGUGGAGAGACGAGUGGUCGAAUGGAUGACAACCUAACAAGUAUUGAGAAACGUAUUCAAGUUUUUGAGAAGACUAGCUUGCCGGUAAUUGAAUAUUAUCUGGAAGAUGGACGAGUUCAAAAAGUAAACGGAGAUGCUCCUAUUGAAGAAGUAACCGCGCAAACGUGUUCAAUUUUCGAUUGGGUAUUCACUGGUGGAACUACUGACGCAUGUGUCGAAGAAAGUACGAAAAACAUCGAG